UUUGCGGCAGCGUAUCUUUCUAGAAAUUUGUAGCACCCUCUCCAAUCAUCGGGCAGACCACCUGAAUUUUUUAUCGUCCACGCAGAGCCAGCUGCUAGUCAGAGAACGAAUACAGACUUUUAAAAGCCACAGCGCUCCCGCUAUUGACGCUUUAUCCACUUUAAACUGCGAGUUUCCUUCGUUUAACUUGGCGGAGCACUCUCCUCGGCUAACGCUGUUAGCAUUGGACUCUUGAGGCAGGAUGUCCAGGAUAGACUACAGCGUGUGGGACCACAUCGAGGUGUCCGAUGAUGAAGACGAUACCCACCCAAACAUCGACACACCCAGUCUCUUCAGGUGGAGACACCAGGCACGAGUGGAGCGGAUGGAAGAGUUUCAGAAGAAGGGGACAGAAUUAAACAAAGGACUGUCUGAUUGUCGACGCAAGCUGGCUGAUGUGCAGAAGAAAUUACAGGAGCUGAAGGUCUCAGGAUCGGGUGACAGCAAUCCAGAGUUGAGUAAAGUCCAGUCCGAGGAGAAGAAGCUGAAGAAAGAGGAGCGUGACUGGGAGAAGAAGGUGGAUGAAUACAACCGAGAGGAGAAGAAGAUGCCAUGGAAUGUGGACACGCUAAGCAAGGAUGGUUUCAGUAAGAGUAUCGUUAAUGUCAAGCCUGAUCCCUCUGAAGAGACCGAGGAGCAGAAGGAGCAAAAACAUAAAACUUUUGUGGAGAAGUAUGAGAAGGAGAUAAAACAUUUUGGAAUGUUGCGACGUUGGGAUGACAGUCAGAAGUACCUCUCUGACAAUCCCCAUCUAGUAUGUGAAGAGACUGCCAACUACCUGGUCAUUAUGUGUAUUGACCUUGAAGUUGAGGAGAAACACGCAUUGAUGGAGCAGGUGGCUCACCAGACCAUCGUCAUGCAGUUCAUUUUGGAGCUGGCAAAAAGCCUCAAAGUGGACCCGCGCGGCUGCUUUCGCCAGUUUUUUGCAAAGAUUAAGACAGCAGACCAACAAUAUCAAGACGCGUUCAAUGAUGAGCUGGAGUCGUUCAAGGAGCGGGUUAGAGGCAGAGCAAAGAUCCGCAUCGAGAAGGCCAUGAAGGAAUAUGAGGAGGAAGAGCGACAAAAACGAAUGGGACCUGGAGGCCUUGAUCCUGUUGAAGUGUACGAAUCGCUGCCACUUGAGAUGCAGAAAUGUUUCGAUGAUAAAGACAUCCAAAUGUUACAAGACGUCAUCAGCAAAAUGGAUCCAACGGAGGCAAAGACUCACAUGAAGCGGUGCAUCGACUCGGGACUCUGGGUGCCCAACUCCAAGACAGAUGAUGGAGAGGAGAAAGACGAAGAAGCCACCUAUGAGGAAGUUAAACCGGAGCAGGAAGAAACUAAGAAGGAAUGACCAAAACAAACUUCGCUCUGAUUAUUUUUAGCUAUGUACUUACCCACUCUAUUGCAACUCUGUGAAAUAUUACUCUGCCAAUCAGUGACAUGACUCCUCCAACAUAUUUAGCUGAGAAUUAAGGGAUUAGCACUCGCUUUAUUACACUGCUGUGCUGCAUCGGUAACUCAUGCUCAGAACAGAAACUGCUGCUUUCCUGUAGCUCUUCUAUUUGUUUUGGACGCCUCUGAAACGUGUGUUGUUUCAUUAAACUGUAUAAACCCGU